AAAUAGCCCUGGCUGUAUUUAGGAUGGGAUGGGUUACUGCACUCUUGAACAAGUGCUUCUGUCAAUCAAGACUUUAAACAAGAUGGCACACAAAGGGAUCUGGGCUUUGGCAAUAACAGUCUUCACAGCAGGUUUCCUGUUGGUCCGGGCCGACAUUAUCACAGAAACUCCGGUGGGUCAGCUGUUCGUCUAUGAGCUACACCGAGAGGUUUUCCAGAGUGAAUUUGAGCCUUUUCAUAAGGUCUUCGGUCAAGUUUUUAAUGAUCCCAUGGUGUUUAAAUGCAACAAGGAGCGGUUUCCAGAUCUGCCCCGCUGGCUCCGCUUCACCCAGAGAGACGCCUACGACAACGGAUUCCUGUACGGGACGCCUCUGCCACGGGACCAGGGCAGGAACAUCAUAGAGAUUUUUGUGAUUAACAAGCGGAAUUAUGAAACGUUUAAAGAGAGGCUGGUGAUAAAUGUGGGUCCUGCAGUAAAGCAGAUGCCAUACCAGGCUGAGUUCUUCAUAGAGCGGAGAGAGAUUGAGAAAGUGCUGCCCGCUCUUGUUCAAGCGGAGAUCAAACUGGACAUUCAGAAACUGUGGAGAACCAGCCGCCUGGAGUUUGUCAACAUCAGCUCUGCUCUGGACAGGGGCGGCCGCGUGCCCCUGCCUCUUCCAGGACACUUCGAAGGCGUGUAUGUGAAGCUGGGUUCAGACCAGCCGUUUUCUCAAUGCAUGCUGAGACUUGAGACAGCGGAGCAUCAGAGAGAUUGUGCAUCUGGAGAGAAGAUCACCGGAGACUGCAGCCAAUGCGAAAUCCCCAUCAACUGCAUCACCUGGUGCAAAUCUACCCUGUUUGACCUGUCCAGGCCCGUUCCUCCGGCUCCGGUCCCCACCGUGGGCUCGGGCGUCCUGGCAUGGGGAGGAGAGUUCAAUCCUCCGGAGUCUCCUCCUGACAGAGAUUUCUGCCCCGACUACAUUGUCACCGUCAUCGUUCCCUUGGUUCUGGUUUUGAUCCUCUGUCUCAUCCUGUCCUACAUCAUGUGCUGCAGGAGAGAGGGAGUUCUGAAACGAAAUGCCAAGACUCCGGAUCUGCAGCUCUAUCAUCACCACACCAUCCAGGGUGAUGCCAACGAGUUGCGCAGGAUGGCCAGUGGAGACAGACGCACCGCAGAUCGUCCUCGGCAGUGCUUACAGCCGCUCCUCAUGGCAGAGCAGGCAAUGGCUGAGAGCUGAAGGACAUCAGAGCCGGCUGUAAUAGCCACUUUCUGUGGAAAUGAGUUUAAGGUUCACUAUUUGUUUCUUGCUUUGUGUUCCUUCAAGGAAUACAUCACUCAAAAAUGAACAUUCACCUAAUAAUCCACCCACAAAUGUUGCUCUAAAACCAUAUGCUGUUGUGUUUUUUUUCAUGAAACAUAGAAGGAGUAGUUGCUAAGCCCCAGAAACAUAUAAAACCCAUUGUACUAUAAAAACCAUAGCUCCAUUUGAGCUGUGCUGCUGUGCAGUGUAGAAUCAGUGAUUUGAAGUCUUUGUGUGAUUAAAGAAACACCUUGAAAAUAUACUCAUUUCCCAACUCACCUAGAGUUAAAUUUUACCGUUUUCAAAUCCAUUUAGUCAUCCUCCGGGUCUGGCGGUAGCACUUUUUGCAUAGCACAUCAUAGAUUAUUGAAUCUGAUUUGACCAUAAGCGUCUCGCCCCAAAAAUGACCAAAGACUUCCUAUAUCGUUCCCAUUUAAAACUUGACCCUUCUGUUGUUACAUCGUGUACUUAGACCGAAUGAAAAUGAAAAGUUGCAAUUUUCUAGACUGAUAUGGCUAGGAAAUAUACUCUCAUUCCUGUGUAAUAUUUAAGGAACUUUGUUGCCGUAUAUUUUCAGGUGCUGUGUAAUAUCACUGGCCUGAUGCACCUAUGGUACGGCAGCAAAGUUCCUAGAUUAUUACGCCAGAAUGAGAGUCAUUUUUGAGCGAGAUGCUAACGGUCUAAUCAGAUUCAAUGAUCUAUGCCAAGCUAAGCUAAAAGUGCUACCGCCAGACCCGGAGAUCAACUGAAUGGAUUCGAAAACGGUAAAACUCAACUGUUUAACUCUAGGGGAGUUGGAAAAUGAGCCUCUUGAGCC